AUGCGGCGCGACGAAUCGAACCCGAUUGUACAGAAAGAAGAGGAGCGCGUUCCCUUCGAUGUGGUACCCAAUCCAGACACGAGAGUCGACCAAGGAGUAGACGAGAGAGCAGUGCGUCAUUCAAGAGACAGUGAUACAGAUGAGCCAGAAAGACCGCGGUCCAAGGAUGAGGAGAGUGGCAUCACAGCCGUAGGCGAUGACGGCGUCAACGAGAAGGAAAUCGAAGUCACUUGGGACGGCGAUGACGACCCCAUGAAUCCCAAGAGCAUGCCCUAUGCCCGCAAGUGGGUUAUCAUCACAAUCCUCUCUGCCAGCUCUCUAUGCGUUACUUGCACUUCCGCCCUUUACACAUCAACCUAUGCCCAAAUAGAGCCAGAAUUCGGCUGCUCCAGAAUAGUCGCUACUCUUGGGCUAUCUCUGUUCGUCGUGGGACUAGGGCUGGGGCCCAUGGUCAUGUCACCACUCUCCGAGUUCUACGGAAGAAGGCCCAUCUACAUUGCUUCAUACACUUUCUUCUUGAUUUGGCUCAUACCGUGCGCCGUUGCGCAAAAUAUUGAGACGAUGCUAGUAGCACGUUUCUUCGAUGGACUCGCUGGCAGUGCCUUUCUCAGCGUGGCAGGAGGAACCGUCGGAGAUUUGUUCCCCAAGGCACAGCUUUCUUUGCCGAUGGCUUUCUAUACUGCAGCGCCCUUCGUUGGACCCGAAAUCGGACCUAUCGUGGGAGGCUUCAUCAACUACUACACAGACUGGCGAUGGACCUUUUAUGUCCUACUCAUCUGGUCAGGAGGAAUGUUGGCAGCCAUCAUCUUUCUCGUGCCAGAAACAUACCAUCCCGUCCUGUUGCGCAGAAAAGCCAUCAAGCUCAGGAAAGACACCGGUAAUCCGGCCUGGCGAGCACCAAUCGAGAACAUGAACAAAUCGGUGUUUCGGACCGUCGCAUGGAGUUGUGUCAGACCGUUCCAGCUUCUUUUUCUCGAAGCGAUGUGCUUGAGUCUGUGUAUCCUCUCGGCCAUUCUUCUGGGCAUCCUCUAUUUGUUCUUCGGGGCGUUUCCACUCGUCUUCGAGAACAACCACGGCUUUGUUUUAUGGCAGACUGGACUUACAUUUAUAGGUAUUUUUGUCGGUAUGGUCACAGGCGUCUGCUGUGAUCCCAUUUGGCGAAGGAAUUACUCCCGGCUGGUCACCAAGAACGGAGGCGUUUCUGAGCCUGAGUUCCGCCUGCCUCCAACAAUUCUCGGUGCAAUCCUGGUUCCAAUCGGCCUGUUCGGUUUUGGUUGGACGACUUAUUCCUCGGUACAUUGGAUCGUUCCCAUUGUCUUCAGUGGCAUAUUCGGUCUUGGGAACAUCUUCGUCUUUAGCGGUGUUUUUACGUUCCUUGUCGAAUGCUACCCUCUAUAUGCCGCGAGCGCGCUGGCUGCCAACAGUUUCGCACGUUCGAGCUUCGCUGCAGCGUUCCCACUCUUUGAGCUAGGAUAUCAAUGGGCGUCGUCAUUACUGGCCUUUUUGGCACUUGCCAUGGCACCGUUUCCGUACCUAUUUUUCAAAUACGGCAAACGACUUCGCAAAAACUCCAAGUUUGCGCAAUCUUGA